AUGGAGACCCGGAUCAGGAGAUAUUUCACAUUUAGGAAACUCAAUUCUCAACUUCCACCAACGCAUCAUACCACCGAUGAGCUCGAGCUGAUCGGUGUUCCCUACAGCAGCACCGAUAAAGGCCGAGCCCCAGUGCUCAGCUUUGCGCCUCGCAGCAAAGAAGUGGCCAGGACCAAGGACGAUCUCGACGUCCUUGCUAUAUACACAAUUCCCUAUGAAGCCGCUGUUCCUGGCACACCUCCUGUUGUUGGUGCAACACCCAUCAAGGGCAAUGGUCCAGUAAAACUCCAGACCAGUAGAAGGCUGAGCUCUGGGGAGCUCCUCAUCACUACCCAAGAUCACCAACGAACAUUAUCCGAUAUUCGGGAAGGAGAGUACAUCAUUGGACGGAAGGAGCCGAAGAGGACAUCAAGGACGAUUUCCAUCAAAUUGCCCGCCCACAGCAAGGCAUCGGCAUCAACCCGAUCAUCUCUUGCACCGGCGUUACAGAUGUCGAAUACGACUGCGGAGCAAAGCCCGAGACCCAGACCCGAACUAAAACCCUAUCGGAGACAUGUUCCAGAGCCAUUAAAUCUCCAUAACGGCCUUGCCACUCUUGAAAGUACACACCCAGACAAUCCGCCACGCAACCGACACAGUGGCAAUUCAACCGCGGCUAAAGCAUAUCUGUUAAGCCCAUCAGAGGUUCCCCUUCCAUUGUCACCUGGCAAAACCCUUUCAAGCAGAACCUCUUUGCUCAGCAGAGGAGAGGAACAGAAUGCAACUAUUCAGGCUCUGUGGAAAGCAGAAUACGCACGUCUUGUCGCGAUAUAUGGCCAGGACGGGGUGGACAGGAAUAUCGCAGAAUUGAACAGGGAUCCUCUUGCGCCGUUCCCAGAGAAGAAACUCAGUGUCGAAAGCAGGUCGAGAGGUUUAAGCGCUACAUCUGCAGGUCCACCACCAUUGUCUCCCGCUACCAUUAUUCCUCCUUUGCCCAGUCCUCGAGGCUCGGUUACACAGGAACUUCCCUUCGUCGACACUGCGUCCGACUACUCCUCCGUCAAAGUACCCUCGUUGUUGUCUUCGGAAGAAUCAUCUUCGUCCUAUACUAAAAGGACAAGCCUUUUCGAGGCUGAUGUGCCCACAACUCGGGAGGAAGUCAGUCGGAUCGUGGAAAGCAUGAGGAAGAACUAUCUGCACGCGCUGGAGAAGGUAGAGGAAAAGCCGAAAGCGAAGCGGCCAAAGAAGACAAAGCAGAGAGCCUCUUAUACGCAUACAUCAAGCGCUGCAAUGUCAGCUCCUGCAAGGUUUCCGAAGGGAGGGCGGCAAUCAUGGCAUGCAAACACAGCCCCCAGCACAUCCGCAGCGGAGAAGCAAUCCAAGAAAGGAUCAAAUUCAAAGCCCAAGACAACCCGAGACUCGAAUAUCGCUCCACUGAGAACGGUGGUAUCAAAGUCCAGUAUGAAGGCCAAGCCCCCGCUCCAUCGCGCCGAUUCUACCACUCUGGGAUCCUUUUUCGGCUCUAAAAGGGAGGACCAGUACCCGCCCUCUCCGGAACGGACGCCAAAGGCAUCGAAACCUUGCAGAACGGGCCAUAUCGAUGAAGCCCGACCAGCGUCCAAUGAUUCGGCGUCGUCAAGGACUUCGUCCGACAACGUCGCCCCUGAAAUUGAUGAUUUUGACAUCUUCUACCAAGAUCUAGCACGAGAUUCUGACCCCCGGUCAGGCAAUGGCAAACCUGCGAUAUCGACAUUACAUGUCCCACGUACUGUGGAAUUACCUGCUGGGCGUGACACUGCCGCGCCUCCGCCGCCCAACAUUGACUGGACUCCACGCAAGCGUACUCUUCUUCCUGCCCUAUGA